ACCUGCAAUACUAUUUUCUCCCGUUACUUACUCAGGAUGAGUACAAGCCUGACGCCGACAUCUCAGAGGUGGACCUGAAGAACGCGGUGCGGAUCCACCACGCUUUAGCCACUCGUGCCACCGACUACAGCAAGAGAGCCAACGUGCUGAAGCUGAAAACCUCAGACUGGAGAGUCUUUCUGCUGCACGCCUCUAGUGAGGAGGAGAUGAUGUCGUGGAUGUUCCGGAUAAACCUGGUGGCGGCGCUGUUCUCCGCUCCGGCCUUUCCUGCCGCCAUCGGCUCCAUGAAGAAAUUCUGUCGGCCCAUCUUGCCGUCUUCAUCCACCAGACUGAAACAGGAGGAGCAGCUGCUGAGUCACGAGAACAAGCUGAAGCAGAUGAGCCUGGAGCUGGAGGAGCACCGGAAAAACUCGCCCUCAGUUGACCCCAAGAGCCGCGAGUGGGAGGAGUACCGGCUCAAAGAGCACUACCUCACGUACGAGGUACAGGCUUUGGACAGCGUCGGCUCAUUUGUCUGCUUUUUUAUGGGUUUUUAUGGGGUUAUUUUUCAAGUUGCAGCUAAAGAGACCAAACAGCACGACAGAUGGCCAGUGUGGCUUGUUAGCUGCCUUCUUCUUUUUAUAUCCAUUCUGAUAUUUAACAUACAUCAUGAUUAUAAUUUAGUUUUGUUAUUUAUUAACAAGACAUUUUGUUAGCACAACUCUUCAUCAAUGUUUGUAGAAAGAGAUGGAGCUUCUAUCUGUCAUUCCUCAUAUUAAAGGGGUAGUUUGGGUAUUUUGAAGUGCGGUUGUAUGAGGUAACACCAUCGUCAGUGUAAUAUAAGAGGAGUUUAGAGUACUAACAUGGGAGCAAAGCAAUGUACUGCUAUGGACGGGGACAGACUCAAAACUGUCUUUAGACAACUAAAUCGAUCCACAUCACGUGUAAGCUAUAGUUAGAAUAUUUACCAACAGAGAACUGAAGUGA